AUGCCAUCACGACCAAUGGCCCAAACCGUGGGAGCCGCCCUCGUUAUUGGCGCCGACGACACGUCGCACUACGAAAUGACCCGUGAUGAGUCCUUUGUCAUGUCGGAACAGCGCCGAAGAGCUUUCAUGAGAGCGGUGCCAAACUACUCGUCCUCCACGCUCAACACCGUCGCCAGCGAGAGCUAUUGCAUCCCCGAAGACGUUUUGCAUGCCGCCGGGGGCACGUCGACUCCAGAGAAGAAGCUGAACCAGCCCAGACAGCCUUCUGGAAGCCCUGUCCCUUUCAACACACAUCAUCAGACCACGACAACAACACAUGCCCAACAACGGGCUGCACCAACUACACAGCAUAACAAGAGUUUACAGAACUCCUCCUCCACAUCUACACUUCGAGACUCAGACCUGGACCGCUUCGAGGACGCCGAGGAAGACGGAGAUGUGUCUCUAGACUCGCCAGACACCUCAGCCGAGGUGUGCGUUGCCACAGUAGCUAGACUGGCUCCACCUAGUACAGGCACCCGGGGCAUUUUCCACAAGAAUGCAGGCAUAGGACAUGGUCUCGGUCACCGGCCACAACAGCCCACGGUGGCUCCUCGACCACAGACGCACGACCCACGGGCAAAGGUGAAACCCAACAACAACUCGGGGCCCUCCGGAGUAUAUGCUCGUAUCAAGAUGAAGGAGGUGGAGAUCGAGCGACAGUUUGACGCUUUGGUAAGACAGACGGUCAAGAGCAAGAAGGAAGGACAUGGAGGCAUUGCAGCUGAGAAGCCACGAGCCGCCUCGGACAGUGCAUCGAUUAGCUCAAGGGAGUCGCACGCAUCACGGGCAGACCGAGUGGCCCAGCUGCAACAGCAGUCGGACAAGCUGUUUGAGUUGUCACGUGCAAUCACAGUGGAGAUUGAUCUCAUCAAGAAGAUGGGGCCGACCACGACAUACAAAAACUUCUCUGCCAACACUGGAGGCAGGUCGACGAAUCUGACCCAGAAUCUGGCUGACCUGGAAACCAAGAAGCAGGCCGUGGAACGAGAACUGUACCAAGUCGGCCUGCUGUUGUCUCGUCAGUAUAUUAAGAUGAGAGAGGAGGGUGCCAGUGAAUACUGGGUUAGAAGUGUUUCCAAGUAG